AAACAGAGCGGUACCUCCGUUCUUUUUUGCCACAUUGAGAUUCUCCGCCAAGUUGAGCUACACGUCAGUGGGGAACCUGUACUGGUGAGUGGACGUGUACGGUGCCCGUCAGGCGGUUCCCGGAUGCACCGAACAGAAACAUGGAACGGGUAGUGGUGGAUGUGCCGAUCAACAACGGUUUUUCCUUUGCCUGCCCCUCUACAACCCCACGAAAGCGCCAGGUGCGUUUUUCAGCGCGGCAUGACAUCAUCCUUCUGCGAGAGGUUAUCGCCCAGAACCCCUUCGCCUCCAAAGAACCAGGACGGAUCUGGGCCCGCGUGGGGGAGAUUAUCACUGCAGCUCUCCAAGAAGAAAACUUUGAGGUGGAUGCCAGGAGGUGCAGAGAGAGGACCAUGCUGCUGCUAGACUACUACAAGAAACAAGACUUUCCCAGUCUACGCAGGUUUGGAACAGAGAGGUUGUACGCUCAAAAGGAGGAUCUACUCCAUGAGGUCUUGGAGCUGGAGGCGGAGAAGGGGCUCCUGGCCAGCGGUGAAGGCCCAAAGUACCAGGACGAUGAGCGGAGAAAUCGAGCCAUAGAAGAACUGAAUCUACCAGAACAGGACAAGCCAAACAUCACUAUCACGCACACACCCACUGCAGGACCAGAAGACGACCGCGAAGAAACGGCAGAGCUUUCAGCAGCUCCCACAGCCAAGCGCCCCUGCCAGUGUUGCUGCCAAACCUACUCUGAGAUUCUCAGCUUCCUGGAGAAACGCUCAGAGGCAGAGCAACGACUUCGAGAGGAGGAGCUCGCCCUGCGCCGAGAGGAACUGGAGAUUCAGAGGAGUAAGAUCGCUCUGGAGAGAGAACGUCUGGGAGCUGAGAGGAAGGAGAGGGAGCGGAGAUUUGAGCUUGAGAGCCAGGAGAGGCAGGUCAUCUUGGACCUGUUGAAAGAGAAGGUGCUGAAAGGCUGACAAAGACAGACUGGAUCACCUGGAUUUUAAGGACAUCUUUGACCAAGUGUGCGUGUGUGUGUGGGUUUGGGACGGCAUAGUUGACUGCUAAAAAGAGGAAGUAAUAGAGCAAAACUGGAAGUGAAGAGAUCAAAGAGAGGAACAGUGAGUUGAAAUUUAAAAUGGAUGACGUAGAAGACGGCUACUUGCCCUUAUCUAUCUGAACUGUCCAAACAAAAGGGCAAGUUUGUGAGUGUGGACACUGCUUAACCACACAGCUAUAUACAGCUGCUUCAAAAAAUAUUCACACCCCUUAACUUUUUUUAAAAACAUUUUGUUGUGUUGUAAUUUUAAAUAAAUAAAAUUGGCAUUGACGAAAUCAAAUAUUGAAAUCUCUCAUUAAAAAAACCUUUCAGACUAUUUUUUUGUGGGCAAGGAACAUGACCAAGAACCCAAAUGUCACUCAAAUAGACUCUGGCUGUGUCCGAAAUCGCAUACUAACGUACUACUCAUACUAAAUGUGAUGUCAAAAUAAGUAUGUAGUGCGUUCACAUUGGAUAGUAUGAAAAGAUUGAGUACGCAAGAAAUACCCGGAUGUAUACUAUAUCCAGAAAAAUUUUAAGUAUGCGAGGUGACCACACUAGUCAUACUCAACCGCCCCAUAAUGCUUUGCGAGCUAUCCACCGAAAUGCAAGCCUCCGCGGGAUAUGUGGCCGGACCGCGGCGAUUUUUAUUUUACUUUAUGUGGUUAAGUAGUCAUCCUAAUCACCCCACAGAUUUGAGAAAUAGGCGUUUUCUGACCAACGUUUUAAAUUUGUCAGACGCCUCACAACGUGCUACUGAAUGCUGGCAGCUAGUUGCAGCAGCUCGCUUUGCAUAUAGAACAGGUAGCAGCUACCUCGAGUAGCCUGCAGCUACAACUGAAACGAUUCGCAUAAUCUGGCUAAUAACUGCAUGAGGAGUGCCGGCUUGAAAUUGCCACAUUAAUUAUGCGACUGUUUGUUAGCGUAAAAUCGACCUGAAGCCGGCAUUCAGCCGAGAUAUUUGAUAACCGUACUUCCGGUUUUUGUCAUCAGAGGUUUGAAAUGCAUUAUGGGGAACGGAGUAGUAUACUACAGUGUGAAUGGUCGGCAUUCUAAUCUUACUUAUAGUAUGUAGUAUACAGUAUAUACUCAUUGAGAAUGUAGUAUGUAGUACAUUAGUAUGCCAUUUCGGACACAGCCUCUGAGUACUCCCACUCCCAGUAAAAGACAAAUGACAGCUAGCUUGGAGUUUGUCAAAUGACAUUUAGACAACACGCAGAGUGCAAGAGAAAAGAUUCCCCAAUUAAACUGCAGAACUUGAAGCCCUACAGUAUGUCUGGCAAACACCUGGCUAAGCCCAUGCCCAUUGGGAAGCACGGUGGUGGCAACAUCAUGCUAUGGGGUUGCUUCUCAGGGACAUGGAAUGAGACAUUGUCAGAAUGGAAGGGAGCAUACAUUCAAAGAAGAUUUUUAAGAAACCUGAGCCAGAGUGCAGUGAUGUGAGACUGGGACAAUGAUUCACCUUUCAGCAUGACAGUGACUCAAAGGAUACGGUCAGUCAGCUGGUGUGACUUCAGGAGAAGUCGCUGACUGGUCUUGAUUUGCCACACCGAAGCCCAGACAUAAAGUCUACAGAAUAUGAGUAGAGCCUUGAAGAUUACAGUUCUAAGAUGCUUAUCAUCCAAUCUGAUUGGGCUUUAGAAGAACUGCUGGAAAGAAUGGAAUAAAUUGCUCUAUUCCAGGUGUGCAAAGCCUUCAGAAAUCUCCCCAAGAAGGCUUCAAGGUGUAGUUGUUGCCAAAGGGGCUUUUACAAGGUAUUGAAUUAAGGAUGUGAGUAUUUUUUACAAGUAGGAGAUUUCAGUUUUAAAUUUUUUAAUACAUUUGCAAAACGUUUACUGUAUUAAUGAGUGUAGAUUGAAGGAGAAAAUGCCAGAAAGUGAAGGGGUACAGAAUACAUUUUGAAGCGACUAUAGACCUGUCAGAACUAAUGACAGCAUCAGCUGCUCAAGCCCGAUUCAUAUAAAUGUUAAUAGACCCUCCCUGUGUUUCAUUCCUCACGAAACACAUUGCAUAAAGGUCCUAAAGCACUGCAAUUAAUUGAGUGCCACCUAAGGAAUGGAAUGUAGAAUGGGUGUGGUGCGGCCUUUUAGGUGUGGUGACCCACUGAGCUAAAACCGUCAGACUUGAUCUCAGUGUCUCAAGAUGGCAUGUUUCACAAAGUCGGUAAAUGCCUUUCCUCAUGUUGUCUGGCACCAACAGCAGAGUGAGUCGUGUUCACAGUGUAAAGGAGAGGAUUCCUUAUAGAGCGCGGUUGGCGCAAAUAUAAAACUGAAGAACAUGAGGAAUUAAGUCACGGUACAGCUUAAGCUUUUGCAAACCCUGUAGCAUAUGCCAUAUUACCACUGUACACACCUUAUUUAGUCACUUUCUAUUUGAAGGCAUUUUAAAUAAAAAUAGAAAUAAAGCUAUAUUUUACAGAGUCAGUUGAUGUAUUUUGACUGGUAAGCAUUUUUUUACAACAAAAAUUCUCACUAACAUAAGCCAUGACCUCUACAUUCUAUAAAAAUAACAGACUGUUGACAAUUUUCUGAAAUUAAAUAAAAUUGUGAUGAAGUCAUAAUUACCGAUUAUAAUA